AUGAACGCUCAGCAGGAGCUCGAAACAGCUGGAAUUAUCGGUGCCACUAUAGUACCCGGAAAUCCUGUGACUGUGAUCCAUCAACAACAUGUAUCGCCCGCACUUUUCAAUCGCAUCAAAAAUCUCGAAUUAUCUAACAAAGCACUGAAGAAUAGGGUUUUGGCCCAUGAGAGUACCAUUGCAAGUUUGGAUCACAACUUGAAAGCACAAGCUUGGCGUGUUCAUGCUUUAGAGCUCAAUCAGCAAAAUCAAAAUGCGGUCAUUCAAAGCUAUGAUAUGGCUCAAAAAUCGUGCGAUAUGCAAAUCGCGACGUUGAAGUCGUACGAAAGCUGGUAUGAUACGCAAUUCAAGACACAGCAUAUCCUAAGAAGCACACAAGAUGAGAAGAUCCAGUUACUAGAAGACAGGCUCAAGAUGUAUGAAGAUGGCUUCAUGAACAAAACCAGCACAUGUAUUCAAUCUAUCGGGUUAGAUUUGAAGUCUCAAAAAUUGAAAAUUGAAAAUCAAGAGCGCAAGUUGGACGAGAAGUUAGCUCGUUAUGAAUUCGUUUUGAUGGAAAAUCAGAAGCGUGAAUUGAGCGAGAAGUUUGCGUCGUACGAGGCAGUAUUGAUUCAGAAAGUCAAGAAGAGUAUUCUGGCGAACUUAAUCGGCUCAGAAACUGAAACUAGUGAUGACAUUGGCGUCAAGAAUGAGCCUCGAACCGUAUGUUCUUCCCAAUAUCUAUGGAUUCGAUGCCCCAAACUCAAUUAA